AUGGCUACACCCCCGACGCGCAAUGACCGUCGAAUCAUCCUGCACCUUGAUUAUGACUGCUUUUAUGCCUCUGUUUUUGAAGUUGAGCAACCGGCUCUGAAAUCGCUACCACUGGCCGUACAGCAGAAGCAAAUUGUCGUAACAUGCAAUUACGAAGCCCGACGCCGUGGACUGCACAAACUCCAACUGAUCAAAGAUGCUAAGCGGACGUGUCCAGAUGUUGUUAUUGUUCUCGGUGAAGACUUGACGAGAUUUAGAGAUGCUUCCAAGGGUCUUUAUCUGUUCAUUCGCACCUUCAUUUGGGGUGGGCGAGUGGAAAAGCUUGGAUUUGACGAACUCUCUCUAGAUGUCACCGAGAUGAUCGAUUACAACGCCAAGUUCCUGAACCCGAAUGAUUUAAAAAAUUCUUUUUUCUAUUUGAACACCAAAGAUCCUACCGUUGGGUUUGCGUAUGAUGCGACUAAGAUCGUGGGUCCUACUUUCCCACCUACAACGGAUGGAACUAGCCAGUCUUCAUGCGAUGCAUCCUCACUAGAAAUGCGCCUGCUCAUCGCUUCGCAUCUGCUUCAUUACCUCCGAAGUGCCAUGGAACACGAGAAGGGCUUCACAGCGACUGGCGGUACAUCGACAUCCAAGCUCUUGGCGAAAUUGGUGGGAAGUGUCCAGAAGCCUAAUAACCAAACUACAUUGCUUCCACCAUACUCUACAACCGAAGAUAGUACAGAAAGUAACGUCAUUAAAUUUUUGGACAGUCAUGAGAUUCGAAAGAUACCCGGUAUUGGAUCCCGAUUGGCACAGAAGCUGAGAAGCCGAGUGACAACCGAUGAUACGGAAGAUGCAAAGCUUACGGUGCGGGAUGUGCGACUCUAUCCCGGGAUGGGACCGGCAAUGCUUGAGAAAACGCUCGGCGGGCCUGGAGCUGCCAGGGGCAUUGGAAUGCGCAUUUGGAGUAUUCUACAUGGUGUGGAUAACACCGAGGUCUUGGCGGCUCGAGACCUGCCUACACAGAUCAGUAUUGAGGACUCAUACGGUCGCGGUCACUUAGAUUCGAUGGAAAGAGUGCGCCGUGAGCUCACGAUCUUGAGCAAAAGUCUCAUUCGGCGGAUGAGGACCGAUUUAGUGGAUACCAGUGAGGAAAUCCCGCGGUGGUUGGCUCAUCCACGAACCCUGAGAUUAUCUACACGCCCACGUAAUGCGCCGGAAACUGACGGGGUGCGGACAUAUAAUGCCAAUCGCAUUUCCCGGUCUGCGCCACUACCAACAUUCAUAUUCCAACUGGAUGAGAAUCUAGAUGCAGUGGCUGAGCGACUAGUCCAGGAGAGUCUUUCUAGCAUGUUUCGGAAACUUCAUCCAGAAAAGUCUUGGGACUUGAGUCUGAUGAAUGUGGCUGUGACCAAUUUGGUAGAAAGCGCAGGCGAUCAGAAACAGAGCAGUGGACGGGAUAUUAGCAAAAUGUUCCGGCAACAGGAAACUGUGCGACAGGAAUGGACUGUACAAGUACCAGCUAGGGACCCGGAACCUGUUAGCGUUGGUGGGUCAGAGGAAGCCGCGGAUGAUGAACCUAAAUGGGAGGAUGGAGAGGAUGAGGACGAAGAGGAAUUAAUGAGUGUUCGGUGGGCAGUAUCGGCGCUGAUAUCGUCUGUUGAAGCGCGAUCUCAAGCCUCAGAAGCCAUCCGCCAACUUACCCCGAUCGACAACGCUGUUAUUCGCACCGCUUCACAUCAAAUAAAUCACCUUUCACAUUUUGAUCUCACCUUCGAAUUACAUCGCGAUAAAACACGGAUAAAACUCGAGCUAGAGCCAAACCAUGAUAUCCUCGCCGAUGACGCCUUUAUCCAAUAUAUUGAACCCGACGGAUCCUUGACAGAGGGGGAGCCUAUCCUACGACAUGAACACAAAGUAUUCCACGGGCGCGCUUUAGUUGGCUCAGGCAAAGGCCGUUGGACACCGUCGGGAUGGGCUAGAAUCACGGUCCGAAGGGAUGGAGAGGAUCCGCUCUUCGAAGGCGCGUUCAGUAUCGAUCACGACAAACAUCAUAUCGAGUUGCAGUCUACGUAUGCCGUCAAGAAACGUCCGAUCGAUGUGGAUAUCGAGCGGAGAGACGAGGAGUAUAUGGUGAUUUAUCGAGAUUCCGACAUGAUUCGCAUGCACCCGGACCUAAAGAAAAAGAAACGGUCUUUGCCUCUAUCUACUGGCUGUGAAGCAGAUAAACUGGACUACAAUGCUAAUUUGACCAACUCUAUCUUCCCAUAUGGAGUCGGUGGGCUUGAUGGACAGUGGGGUUAUACAUCGGUCACCUCAUUGCUCGGAAUAAGCAAGCGACAGUCUGAUGUCGGUGGAGUCUCAGGCAACACGGGCGGGGUGAACUUGAAAUCGACUAUUGGCGAUUCGUCCGGAUGUCCCAAGACGAAAAAGGUUGCGCUGAUCGGAAUCGCUACCGAUUGUAAAAUGACCGACUACUUCUCCGACAACAAAACUGCUACUGCUAAGGAUGCGGCGAAAGACUAUGUUAUCAAUAUCGUGAAUACCGCAUCAAGUCUAUACGAAAGCUCGUUCAACGUGUCCAUAGGUCUUCGCAACCUCACAGUCAACAAAGCCGCAUGUCCUACAUCCAAUAAUGAUGCAACUCCCUGGAACGUUGAUUGUUCAUCCGGCAAUCUCACCUGGCGACUUAACGAGUUCUCAAAAUGGCGAGCCGAUAACUCCGAUAGUAACGCAUACUGGACGCUGAUGAGUGGUUGUGCAACAGACUCCGAGGUCGGUGUUUCCUGGAUGGGCCAGUUGUGCAAUGGGGAUCUGAGCAGUGAUGCGUCGAGUUCCGUCACCGGAGCCAAUGUCGUGGUUGGCAAUGCAGGGAGCACAUGGCAGAUUUUUGCCCACGAAACCGGUCACACAUUCGGAGCGGUCCAUGACUGUGAAUCGCAAACCUGUUCUGCAGGCCUGGAUGCGUCGUCCCAAUGCUGUCCAUUGACAUCUUCAACGUGCGAUGCCGACGCCCAAUACAUUAUGAAUCCCUAUGCGGAAUCGAAAAUGACAAAUUUCUCCGAAUGCACAAUCGGAAAUAUCUGCUCUGCCAUCGGGCGUAACAGCAUCAAAUCUAACUGUCUCACUGACAACCGUGGCGUCACGACUAUUACAGGUAGUCAAUGUGGAAACGGCAUCGUCGAAGCAGGCGAGGAUUGUGACUGCGGAGGCACAGAAGGCUGUGGCGACAACGCGUGCUGCGACGCCAAAACAUGUAAAUUCAAAGACAGCGCUGUAUGUGAUGACUCAAACGACAACUGUUGCUCGAGCUGCCAAUACACCUCAAGCGGAACAGUCUGCCGCCCCAGCACAGGUACUUGCGACAUCGCCGAAUAUUGUACUGGCAAUUCCAGCUCCUGUCCCGACAACAAGUAUGAGAAGGACGGCUCAUCUUGCGGCUCAAGUGGCCAAGGCCUUAAAUGCGCCAGCGGCCAAUGUACCAGCCGUGACUACCAGUGCCGCUCUGUCAUCGGUACUUAUCUCAGUAGUAACGAGUCUUGGGCCUGCGACAACACCAAUGCUCCAUCUUGUAUGAUCGUCUGCGGCGCACCACAGAUUGCUUCGAAAUACGGCUCCUCAACGUGUAUCGAGAUGAACCAGAACUACCUCGACGGAACACCUUGUGACUCUGGUGGUCACUGCAGCAAUGGAAAAUGCAAAGGCUCCUCCGUUUCAGGAUGGGUCAAGGACCAUAAGAAUCUCGUCAUUGGUAUAUGUGUUGGCGUUGGCAGCUUAAUUAUCCUCGCCCUGCUCUACUGUGUUACUAGCUGGUGCCGGACAAAUCGUGCCCAAAGACGCAUGGCAAAGAAUCCCCCUCCGCCGCAGUAUUUUGGACCUCCGCCUGGCCUGGGUGGACCCCCUCCUAGACCGGACCAGUGGUAUGGAUAUCCGAAUACACCGCCACCGCCGCCACGGGUACAAUAUGGCUGA